GGGGUUCGACCGGUUCAUGGAGUCGGGAUGCCGUAAGCACAAUGAAUGAUAUAAGGACUUCAGUCGACUUCCCUUUAGUUUGCACAGGCUAAUCUCAAGUUUCUUCCUACUCAAGGUGUUGCUCUGCCAACUUUCAUUCUCUCCCCUACUCGACUGAAACGUCGACAGAAGUUACAAGAUGUCAGCCGCCGACAUGGAUCCCGCGCAGCGUCUCAAAGAUCGGAAGCCGAUCCCGAAGCCCGUUCCGGCUUAUCUCCCGACCGCCGGCUCGGUGCUCACCGUCGAUAAGGAGUUGUACGGAUCAGCGCAACAGGCGAAGCGAGUGUUGGUCGAAGAAUUUACACUGCCGAUCCGGUCCGGAAGAGCAUGGAAAGCACCCGCCGGAUCAAUCGUGAGGAUUAGCACCCCAGAGGGUCCUCAAGUCGGUGACUUGAACAUUUGGAACGCGCACAACCCCCGCGAACGCUUCUGGGCGAGCCGCACGAAGCAACUCCACGCCAGCCACGUUUCGACAGGCGACCGGCUCUGGUCUAAUUUACCUUACAUGCGACCCCUGGCCACCAUCAUCAAGGACUCGUUGGACUGGUACGGCGAGGACGAGCACGGUGGACGCGUGCACGACCUCCUCGGCACACGCUGCGAUCCGUACAUCAACACGGUUCUCAGUGGCGGCAACUACAACUUCCAAUGCCAUUCUAACUUGACACGCGCCGUGUUGCCGUACGGUCUGAUUGAGCAGGACGUCCAUGAUGUGAUUAACAUUUUCCAAGUGACGGGAUUGGAUGAGCAGGGACGGUACUUUAUGAACCCAUGCCCGGCGCAGCCUGGAGAUCAUAUCGAGUUCCUGGCGGAACAGGAUCUUUUGAUGGCUUUGAGCACUUGCCCUGGUGGUGACCUCUCGCUUUGGGGCUUCGGCGAGGACAGCGAGGAGGAGAUGAUCAAGUGCUGUCGUCCGCUCAAGGUUGAAGUAUUCCGCCUAGAGGACGAGGGUCUCUUGCAGCGCGGUGGCUGGAGACCUGCCGAGGUUUCCAAGUACAGCGGACGUCACGGAAUGGAAAUCCCUCUGGGGGAAGUUCGCAAGUGAUUCUGAUGAACGGUACGGCUGUAGAUGCCUAGAUGGUGUUUUGGAGGAGUUACUUUUGGGAGGCUUGGGUUGUGAGGACUGGAGUUAGGCGCGCGU